AAACUGCAGAUACAGAGCGUCAGAACUCUGAGUGAGAAAACAGGAGUGUGACGCCCUACGCAUGUGACUGGCGGAGAUUUCAUGCAGCAGGGAACCUGCCUCUUCCAAACUCUGAGCAAUGCCGACACCAAGGUGGACAGACAUGACUGCAGCUGACUUUACGGAGAAUUUAUCGGGUGUCAACGCCACGUCGGGUCCCGAGGUGGUGAUCAUGGAGUCCCUAUGGCCGGUCGCGGCCGCUCUGGCCACGGCGCUGCUGCUUACCGCAGUUCUGCUGGGCAUCUUCACCUGGCUCUACAAGAAGAAGAAGGAGGCUCCAGGGGCAAACAAGAAGGAGGUGCUCAUAGAUUACUGCAUUGCUGGAGACAUACCAGCGCCCGUGUUUGAGGACGAUGUCCCUUCAGUACUGGAGCUGGACAUGGAAGACUUGGACAAAUGGGGAACGAAAACUUCCUAUGACAGGUACGAGGCGCACGACUGCGCUCUCCCCAAGAGCAGCAGCCAGACGGUAUGACCUCCACAGGACUCCUUGUUGAAGCAGCCACACCGCAGCCAAUCAGAUCUGCAGUUUGCCGUGGUAACCGGCGUCAGGGAAGGAAGCACGGUGUUCUGCGGAGUAACAUGGCUGCGGGACUUCCUCUGAUCUUAUUUAUGCCUUUGAUAAUGCUGUGACUUCAAUUAAAAAUAAAUGUGUAUUUUUUUUUACGUUACAUAAGCCUUUGUCAUAACAGAGACGGUUCUGCUGAAUUGUAAUGAUACCCAAACCAUUUAAUUAUUUCAAUGUGCUGAUAUUUCUUGUAAAUAAAUUCUUCAGAUGUU